GCCUCGCAGUGAUACUAAAGUCCCAUUAAAAAGUAUUAUCCUCAUAGCCAAAACUUAUUGACGGCAUAACAAAAUUAACAGAACAUGGCUCUUGGUCUCAGAAGCUGGGUAACAUAUAACAACAGUGGCUCUGGACUUUCAUUUUUAAUUACUUGUAUCAACGACUAUUCAAACGCCAAGUACCUCUCCACCCACUCUUCCCAAAUGGCCACAUUAUCUGAAAAGAUUUCCAACGCAAACGAUGUCGCUUGCGAAAUUGUCAGUGCCUUGGAUAAAUGGGACCCUCAAGAUACUAACGACAAGUAUUUGAGAGGGUUGUUCGAAAAACUUGAAGGUUUGUAAUCGUGCUUUGAUCUGCUGCAUUUUUAUUAUUGAGGAUCUAAACUGACUGUUCUGACCACAAUGUUGUUGACAGAGGCAAGGAAAAAUGUCACUUCAUCACGUUUCAUUAAGAUGGAAGAAAUUGCUUCUCGACUUCGCAGAGAGCGUGAUUCAACUGCAAUCGAUCCAAGUUAUCUUGCAAAAGUGUCACGUCACGUCGCGCGCAUCAAUCUCCAAACGUUUACAGUGGCUGUCUGGAACCGUCUAGGAAUCGAAGAAGGAAUCAACGAUUUUUUUCGCGUUGUAGUACCCAAGGAGUUUGCCUAUUCACAUUCUUUGUUCUCGACGUUUGUAUAUAUCACAACUUGGGCAGCUGUCAGGAAAAUCGAAGACCGCGUGGCAAACGGAGAGCAAGAAGAAGCCGAAGCAUAUGAUGUGCUGCAGUUCUUCUUUCCAAAGACUGCGGAAGCACUUGGGUUAUCGGAUUCGGAUCAGGACGUUAGUGUCCUUCUUCGAAUGCUCAAAGACAAAUGUAACGAGAUGCUUGACGCAGAAUUUGUUGAUGAGUGCCUUGAACAUGGUAUGCAUAUAACUGUGCGAGAAAAGUGGAUCCAAGUAUGUUAUGACAUUCUGGCAGACUUUGAAACUCUAUACCCUGUUUCAGACACACAAAAGACGAUACCAGAUGUAGACGAGGAAAUAACGAGGCUUGAAAAAGACUUUCACGAGCAAGAAGAAGAAGAAGCAGAAGAUGUAUUCGAAGAAGCAGAAGAAUUCGUACACAAAGAAGACGCAGACGAAGCAGACGAUGUAUUCGAGGAAGCAAGAGAGCUAGCGGAAGAAGAAGAAAGGGUAUUAAGGGAAGCUCAACAGCAGGAGAACCGUGAAGACGAAUCGGAACAAGAUGAACUCGAAGACGAAGACGACGUUACCACUGGUGAAUUUUCAAAAAGAAACAUGCCAGACGAUGACGAUGAAGAAGAGCAAUCAAUCGAAAGCCCAAAAGCGAAACGGCCACGCGUAUUACCUGCAAGCUCUCAAGACGAAGGCGUAAUUGAUGAGUACGACAGGGAUGACCAGGACUAUUUUGAAUCCCACCCGCAUACCAAUUUGUCCAGUCUCCAAUCACUUGAAGAUAACCCUGAAGAACGCCUAGUACCUAGCAACACUACAAACGUAGUUGAUAAUGAUGAGCUCAGUACUCCCGAUAUCAAUGGAUCACAACCAUACCCGAAUGAAGGGCCUGAAAAUGCACAAAAUCCCUCGUCUUCUCCAUCACCGACACCGACAGCAUCAUCGCAAAGACAAGACGAGAUUUUGCCACAUGGUUUGCCACGAACAAUCAAUGAAGGCCCUGCUUCACCUAUACUCGAAACCGACAAGAAUGAAAUCAAUAACUAUGAUGACGCAAUACAAGCUGCUCAACCUGAACAAUCACGAAGCGUAGCUUCAGCACGUCCACGUAUUCGAAGAGAUUUACCAUUCACACCACAGUCAGCUUCUCUUGCCUCGGCACCUCCUGUAGCAUCAUCUGCUACCCAAAGAGUACUCCAUGCUCAUGGAAGAACAUAUAAUACAUGGUCAGACGAUGAGAUUGCAGCGUUGGAAGAGGGGCUGGCACAAUAUGGUGCGAGUAACUGGGCGAAAAUUAAGAGCGAUCACCUCUUAAGAGACAGACUACGUAAUCGUACCAAUGUACAACUUAAAGACAAGGCACGAAACGAGAUAACAUAUCGUCGAACAGUGAAUGUGCCCCUUGGGGUAUAUGAGUGUCUAGAACCUGAUGCUGGAACAGCCACUCAAAAUUCUGCUCAACGCUCCCAACGACGAGCGACAAUACGGCGGGCGCGAGAAGCCAGUCGGUCAUGAAAAAAUGGAGGAAGAGUUAGUGUAACGCGGUGCAUAUCUUAUGGUUAAUUGAUGCGACCAAAAUGUUUAAACUAAAAUAAUAAUACAUAAUAUAAAGGACGGAAUCAAAACGCAUUGUUAGGUGAAGUGGGAUUUGAGGACAAAACGUUACUGGUUGUACAACUAUAUCAUUAUAUCACCACUCAAGUUGAUCCUUGUGUGGAUCUACUGUUCAUGCCAUUCAUAAUAAACAAUAGAAAAAGUGAAGGAAACGUGGCAAAAUUUGAAUGGCGCCCUGAGUAUUAUCUGUCUAGCACUCGAGCUUCAUUCCG